AUGUGGGAUGACUUGGCGACAAAAUUCUUGACAAGGUUCUUUCCACCAGCAAAGACCGCUCGCCUCCGAAGAGAGAUCAUGUCAUUCAGGCAGAAGAAUGGAGAAAAUUUGUAUCAAGCCUGGGAGAGGUUUAAGGGUCUUCUCAGAGAUUGUCCUCACCACCAUCAGACGAAUAAAGUUCUGGCACACACAUUUAUUGAGAGUCUGGAUGCCCAACAUAAGUCAUCACUAGACACUGCUGCAGGAGGGCAGACUCUUGAUCUAAGCUAUGAAGAACUAUUCACAUUAUUGAACAGGUUUACUCAAAGCACUCCAGACUGGCAGGAUGAUGCAGCUAGCAGUUCAGUUAGGAAAGCACCGGACGUCUUUGAAGUAGAUAAUUUUACAACAUUAUCAGCACAGAUUGAUGCCAUGCGCACCAAACUCAGGAAGUUAGCUGCGUCACAAGCGCCACCACAGGUGCAUGCAGUGCAGCAAGCCAUAGCUUUUUAUGAUGUCUGCGGAGAGGGUCACAACAGUGAUGAAUGUCCUGCAAAUCCCGUAUCCAUAUACUUUGUGGGUAAUGCAGGCAAGGGGCAAGGAAACAACAAUCAAUACGGAAAUUCCUACAACCCAAAUUGGAGGAACCAUCCGAAUUUCAGGUGGAGUGACAACUCAGGUAAUCAGAAGCAGAACUAUCAGUCAGCACCUGCUCCUCAAGCUCCCACAAACAGUAUGGAAGAGAUGAUGAAAAAAAUGAUGGGUGACAUGCAGAAGAUGAUGAUAGACCAGCAGAAGUUGAUAGCAAAUAAUCAGAAUCGCGGUUUGGCUGUACGGAAUUUAGAGAGGCAGAUGGGACAGAUAGCUGGUGCACAAAAUACUAGACCACUUGGAGGACUUCCAAGUGACACAAAUGUGAAUCCCAAGCCUUGCAAUGCUGUAACUCUGCGAAAUGGGCGAGAACUAGAGGAAGUGACUUCAAAGAAAACUGGUCGAGUAGAAGCUGAAAAAGAGAAGAUUGCCACAGAAACAAGUGAAAAAAAUAAAGCAGUCGAGGCACCAGUGGCAAAGCAGCCACAGGCCGUGGUUGCAAAGCCACCGCCUCCAUUCCCUCAAUGUCUGGGUAUUCCAAAGUAUGCUAAGUACAUCAAAGAUAUUGUUGCAAACAAGAGCCGUUUCACAGAGUAUGCCACGGUUGCACUUUCUGAAGAGUGCACUUCUCGUAUUCAGAACAAGUUGCCCACAAAAUUGAAGGAUCCCGGAAGUUUCACUAUUGAGAUUUCUAUUGAGACACAGGUUAUUGCUCGAGCACUUUGUAACCUAGGUGCAAGUAUAAAUCUGAUGCCUUCGUCUAUCUUCCGGAACCUAGGUUUGGGAGUGCCCAGACCAACCAGUAUAGUUCUUCAGCUGGCAGACAGAUCGUUAGCAAGACCCGAAGGCAUUAUUGAAGAUGUAUUGGUACAAGUGGGGUCGUUGAUAAUUCCUUCUGACUUUGUGAUAUUGGAUUUCGAGCCAGACCCGGAAGUCCCAUUUAUUUUGGGGCGUCCGUUCUUGGCCACAGGGAGAACACUUAUUGAUGUAGCUGCUAGGCAGCUUACCAUGCGAGUACAUGAUAAAGUAGAGGUCUUCAAUGUAUACCAAGCUCUGAAGAUUCCUGCAAUCUAUGAGGAGCUGUCCGCCAUUACUGUUCUGAAUGAUGAUACACGAAGGCCACUCAUCACUUCCCAUGAUCCGUUGGAGAGAGCCUUGGUGGGGGGAUGA